AGCAGGUUUUCACUGCUGCUGGUGCUACAAUGGCCAGUCUGGUUCUUAACGAGACUGGGAUGGAGAAUUGUGACAUCGAUGACUCCUUCAAGUACAACCUGUACGGUGUGGUGUAUAGUGUUGCAUUUGUGUUAGGACUGGUCACUAACUGCGCCUCUCUGUUUGUCUUCUGCUGUCGCAUGAAGAUGCGCAACGAGGCCACGCUCUUCAUGACUAACCUUGCUUUAUCAGACUUAGUAUUUGUGUUUACGCUUCCUUUCAAGAUCUUUUAUAAUGUCAAUCGCCACUGGCCUUUUGGUGAUACACUGUGCAAGAUCUCAGGUGGGGCCUUCAUCACCAAUAUCUACGGUAGCAUGCUGUUCCUCACAUGCAUCAGUGUGGAUCGCUUUCUGGCCAUCGUUUACCCCUUCCGGUCACGUUCCAUCCGUACCCGCCGCAAUACCGUUAUUGUGUGUGCUACCAUCUGGUUGCUGAUACUGGGUGGGGGUAUGUCCGUGACCUUCUUCUCUUCCACCAACCAGUCCAAAACCAGCACCACCUGCUUUGAGGGCUUCUCCAAGAAAACAUGGAAGACAUAUUUGUCCAAGAUCACCAUCUUUAUUGAAGUUGUGGGGUUCCUCAUCCCACUGAUGAUCAAUCUAGCUUGCUCAUCCAUGGUACUGAGGACCUUACGUAGGCCCGCUACACUAUGUCAGAUUGGCACCAACAAGGAGCGAGUUCUUCGCAUGAUUGUGGUGCAUUUGGCCAUCUUUAUCAUUUGCUUUGUGCCUUACAAUUCCGUUCUGUUCAUCUAUGCCAUGGUGCGUACUCGAGCACUUGCAAGCUGCUGGGUGGAGAGGUUGGCACGAACGAUGUAUCCCGUAACACUUUGUGUGGCGACCUUCAACUGCUGCUUUGACCCAGUGGUCUACUACUUCACCUCUGAGUCAUUUCAAAAAUCACUGACCACCGGGAAGUGUCAGAGCAAGCAAGAAAACACACUGCGCAGUGAAGUUCCAGUGUUUAGCAAGGAAAACACUGACACAGAAGUAGCCUUUGAACCUAACACACUGAUCAACAACGGAAAAGAUCAGGCUGGUGAGACUCAGUUCUGA